GCAGAAUCCCGUCGCACCGGAAACAGUCGCUGGCUGUUUGCUGCAGGCGAGGGCAGAAAGAGACGCUGCUGGGCGCCUCCCCUUCCCCAAACCAGCACAAAAAACUACCAAAAAUAAAGCGAUACGCAGCAGAUAACGGCGCAGAAACCUUCGUACGGGGCUUGCGCGUCGCCUCAGGCCUCUCCCCGGACAGAGCAGCUCCUCCGCGGCCCGCUGGAGCGCGUCAGGCUGAAGUUUGAGCUCCGCUUCACAGCUCUAACUCCUCCUUUUCUUUAUCUCCACCUGCAAACGUUCUCCUCCACCCACUCCUCCUUUCUUUCCUUUCUGCUCGUGCCGGACCAUGUGUGAUAAUGGGGAUCUGGAGGAUAAGCCGCCUGCUCCGCCCGUCAGGAUGAGCAGCACCAUCUUCAGCGGCGGUGGGAAGGACGCGCUGGCCGCCAACCACAGCUCCAAGCCCUUGCCCUCAGUGCCCGAGGAGCGCAAGCGCAACAAGAUCAUCUCCAUCUUCUCCGGAGCUGAGAAGGGCGGCCGAAGGAAAGACCGAGAUAAAGAGCGUCCGGAGAUCUCGCCGCCGUCAGACUUCGAGCACACCAUUCACGUGGGGUUUGACGCCGUUACCGGAGAGUUCACGGGGAUGCCGGAGCAGUGGGCGCGGUUACUGCAGACCUCCAACAUCACCAAAUCAGAGCAGAAGAAGAACCCGCAGGCCGUCCUCGACGUGCUCAAGUUCUACGACUCGACGGGAAACGGCCGGCAGAAGUACCUCAGCUUCUCCUCAGAGAAGGACGGAUUUCCCUCUGGUGAACAAUCGCCUGUGAAAAAAUCACCAGAGCCCUCAUCUCCAAUCAAAACGGUGGAUGACGAUGAAGACGACGACGAUGAGGAGACGCCACCACCUGUUGUCGCACCACGCCCAGAACACACCAAGAGCGUAUACACUCGACCAUCGGUCAUCGACCCCCUCCCUCCUCCAGUGACGUCUCCGGAUAGCGAGGUCGCAUUGAAGGCCGGCGACCGACAGAGACCCAAAAAGGGCAAGAUGACGGACGAGGAGAUCAUGGACAAGCUUCGAACUAUAGUCAGUAUUGGAGAUCCAAAAAAGAAAUAUACACGAUACGAGAAGAUUGGACAAGGAGCUUCGGGAACGGUGUUCACUGCCAUUGAUGUUGCUACUGGACAGGAGGUGGCCAUCAAACAGAUCAACCUGCAAAAGCAGCCCAAGAAAGAGCUUAUCAUCAAUGAAAUUCUCGUCAUGAAGGAACUGAAGAAUCCAAACAUUGUCAACUUCUUAGACAGUUUUCUGGUAGGUGAGGAGCUGUUUGUCGUGAUGGAGUACUUGGCUGGUGGCUCGCUCACAGAUGUCGUAACCGAGACGUGCAUGGAUGAGGCCCAGAUCGCCGCUGUAUGCCGAGAGUGUUUGCAGGCACUGGAGUUUCUGCACGCCAAUCAGGUCAUUCAUCGGGACAUCAAGAGUGACAACGUGCUUCUGGGAAUGGACGGUUCUGUCAAGCUCACGGACUUUGGAUUCUGUGCCCAGAUCACUCCCGAACAGAGUAAGAGGAGCACCAUGGUGGGAACGCCAUAUUGGAUGGCUCCAGAAGUCGUGACGCGCAAAGCCUAUGGACCCAAAGUUGAUAUCUGGUCCUUGGGCAUCAUGGCAAUCGAGAUGGUGGAAGGAGAACCGCCGUACCUCAACGAGAAUCCACUGAGGGCGCUCUACCUGAUUGCCACCAAUGGGACUCCAGAGUUGCAGAGUCCUGAAAAAUUGUCGCCCAUCUUCCGAGACUUCCUGAGUCGCUGUCUGGAGAUGGACGUGGAAAAGAGGGGUGGAAGCAAAGAGCUUUUGCAGCAUCCCUUCCUGAAGUUGGCCAAGCCUCUCUCGAGUCUCACUCCUCUGAUUUUAGCCGCCAAGGACGCUAUGAAGAACAACCGCUAGCUGUGCCCACGAGCGCAGCGGACUGCUGAACACUCUCGAAAUCUGUGCCAGGUGUUUUUUUUACCAGUGUGUCAACAACAUAUCAGUGUUGCCAAAACAAAACUCCAAGCAUUUCAUUUGGGUCUUUGCCUGUUUUUAAACCUGUAUUGACCGCUGUGGUGUUGGGGGACAUUAGAUGUUCUCCUUGUCCUCCUGCUCUUGUUAGAUUCUUGUGGGUCUUUGUCUGUGUUUUAUGUAUGAACUCUUCCUCUCUUUGGCUUCUCUAGAGUCUAGACCUCAUAUGUUCCAUAAUUGGUGACCAGAAUCAAUUAUGGUGAUUUCAAAUCCAGCUGGAGAUCUUUCUUUUGUUAAUUUUUCUGUAGCCAGAAUCACGACUGAAAACUGUGUAGCCUACUCCUGUUCUUGACCCGAAGGGAAGAGCACCUUACCGAUACACGCCAACUGCGAGCAGUGAAUGAUUUUCGUAGUCACUUGUGCCUUUGUUGUUGUUCCAGCAAACACCUUUAUACUCUGUCUGAAGGGGCAGGUUCUUGCCAUUGAACUUCCUCUAACCUGAGAUGAAACUUUCAUGUGAUGAAAUGUGUAUAUGAUGUACUUCGAAGAAACGUAGCAUUUCAGUUGAUGUAGUUAACCAAAAGCAGGAUGUGUAGAUUAGAUAGUUGUAUGUUUGUGUACAUGAACACUUUUCUUGUUGUUUUAGUAACUAACAGUUUAUGAAGUAAAUGCAGUUGUCGAGAAGUCACAGUGUAAGAAUUGAUAACUAUUUUUAUGCUUUUCAGUCACUUGUUUUGCAAGCAAAAGCCGGAUUCCUGCAAAUUUCUGUGAACAAUACAGUCAUUGCAACAUUGUGUACAUCUCUUGUUCUUCAUUAAAAGAGGACUUGAAACUUGAGAUUAGAAUAAACUCUCUCUAGGGGGAAUUUUUACAGUC